GGCGGGGUCUGGAGGAUGCGGAGAGGGUGGGGUCAGGCAGUGAUCCGGAGCCGGUGCUAAAGGGGCGGAGCUGUCGGGGCCGGCCCCUUGGACUGGAAAGCGAGGUGAGGCCGGAGGGAGAGGAGGAGGCGUGGUCACUCAAGCCUCGCCUCACGCAAGGCGUGGCUGUCAGGGAGAGAGUUGCCACGCCGGGCUGGGCGGGUCCGCUGUGUAGCAGACGGCGUGGACGCAGCUGUUCAGCGGCUCCUUUAAGUCCCGGGCACCACCCCCGGCGCCCCACCUCCCGCGCGGCCUGGGUCUAGUUUGCAGCGGGGUCGGGUCAGCGCCAGCUGCGAUGGAGCUGCACAUCCUAGAGCACCGGGUGCGGGUGCUGAGCCUCGCCCGCCCCGGUCUCUGGCUCUACACCCACCCUCUCAUCAAGCUUCUCUUCCUGCCCCGCCGCAGCCGGUGCAAGUUCUUCAGCCUGACGGAGACCCCUGAGGAUUACACGCUCAUGGUGGAUGAAGAGGGCUUUAAAGAGCUACCCCCAUCUGAGUUUCUUCAAGUGGCUGAGGCCACAUGGCUGGUGCUGAACGUGUCAUCUCACAGUGGUGCAGCAGUCCAGGCUGCUGGGGUCACCAAGAUUGCCCGCUCAGUCAUCACACCUCUGGCUGAGCACCAUGUGUCAGUGUUGAUGCUGUCCACUUACCAGACGGACUUCAUCCUGGUGCGGGAGCAGGACCUGUCAGUGGUGAUCCACACACUGGCCCAGGAAUUCGAUAUUUACCGCGAGGUGGGCGGGGAGCCUGUUCCUGUGGCCAGGGACAAUUCCAGCAAUGGCUUUCCCAGAGCCCAUCAUGGGCCCAGCCCCACAGUGCAUCCCAUCCAGAGCCCGCAGAACCGCUUCUGUGUCCUCACCCUGGACCCUGAGACACUGCCAGCCAUCGCUACCACCCUCAUCGAUGUCCUUUUCUACUCACACAGCACCCCCAAGGAGGCAGUCUCUGGCAGUCCUGAACCCACCUCCAUCCCAUUCUUUGCCUUCUCUCUCAUUGAGGGCUAUAUUUCCAUUGUCAUGGACGCUGAGACACAGAAAAAGUUCCCCAGUGACCUACUGCUGACCAGCUCCUCAGGGGAGCUAUGGAGGAUGGUGCGCAUCGGUGGACAGCCCCUGGGCUUUGAUGAAUGUGGGAUCGUGGCCCAGAUUGCAGGCCCCCUAGCCGCUGCUGACAUCUCUGCCUACUACAUCAGCACCUUCAACUUCGACCAUGCCCUGGUACCUGAGGAUGGUAUUGGCAGCGUCAUUGAGGUCCUCCAGCAACGGCAGGAGAGCCUGGCCUCCUAAGACCAUUGAGAAACAGAACCAUCUUUUUGCUCUCUCCUUGUCUCCAGGCUUCCAGAGACUUUUUUUUUUAAGAGACAGGUCCUUAUUCUGUUGCCCAGGCUAGAGUGCAGUGGCAUCAUCAUAUCUCACUGCAACCUCAAAUCCCUGGGCUCAGGCAGUCCUCCUGCCUCAGCCUUCUGAGUAGCUGGGACUGUAGGCACACCACCACACCUGGCUAAUUUGUUUGUUUGUUUUUUGUAGAGAUGAGCUCUCAGUCUAUUGCCCAGGCUGGCAGAGACUUCUCUAAACUAUUUCUUCCAGCUCGGAGAAGAGUCCCCUAUUUCCUGCUAGGGGACCCUUCAUUCCGCUUUGUGUAUGUAAGCUGUGUGCUGGCACCAGUUCUCAUGUGGACAUGUGUGUGCACCACAGGUGGAGUGGGCAGGUGCUAGCCCCACCAUGUGUCUGCCCCCACAGGGGAACACUGUGUUUGGGGCCUAACCCAGCACUCCCUGCACAGCCUCGGCAUUUGCACAGUCCCUGCCUGAGGCCCGAGCCAACUCCCAUCCUCCAUCAUUAGCCUCCCUGGGCCAGCUGCCACCAGGACGAGGCCCUGACUUCCGUUCUACUUCUAGCUAGGCAGCCUUCCUGAGGCAGGUGAGUCCUGACAGUGCCUUCCCUCCUGGGGCCUCUGAGAAAAGUAUUUUUACAUCUCUGUCUUCUUUUUUUAUUGACUUGUUAAUAAAGGACUUUGUAAUGGU